AAUCACAUUCUCCCAUCUUACCUGUCUCCUUUCUGUCUUCUAUUUUUUCAAAAAAACGUGUUACUACCAUCACGAACACAAAAUCCCAAUCAUGGCUUUUCUCUUCCCUUAUUUUGCCUUUCUCUUCGUUGUUUUUAUUUUUGUUAUUGACCCAGUUGCACAUUCCUUACCCUUUAUAGUUCUUCAUGGUAUUGGAGAUCAAUGCAAGAAUCGAGGAGUAAAACAGUUCACUGAGGAACUGACAAACUUUUCUGGUUCUCCAGGCUAUUGCUUAGAAAUCGGGGAUGGAACAUGGGAUUCCUGGUUUAUGCCUCUUGAGGAACAGACAGAAAUUGUUUGUGACAAGGUCAAAAAAAUGAAAGAACUGAGCAAGGGCUAUAGCAUAGUUGGUCUUUCCCAGGGCAACUUAAUUGGUCGAGGUGUGGUAGAGUUUUGUGAUGGUGGACCUCCUGUUAAGAAUUUCAUUUCUUUAGGGGGGCCACAUGCUGGGACUGCCUCUGUUCCUCUUUGUGGGUCUGGCAUUUUUUGCAAACUUGCUGAUGCCUUAAUUAAGUCCAAGAUCUAUAGCGACUAUGUCCAGGCUCACCUGGCUCCCAGUGGCUAUCUUAAAUUUCCUAAUGAUAUUCCACACUACAUGGAGAAAUGUAGGUUUCUUCCAAAGCUUAACAAUGAAAUUCCUGAGGAAAGGAACACAACUUACAAGGAAAGAUUCAGUAGCUUGCAGAAUUUGGUGCUUAUUAUGUUCGAAAAUGACAAUGUUUUGAUACCUAAGGAGACCUCUUGGUUUGGAUAUUAUCCAGAUGGGGCUUUCAAGCCAAUUGUCCCAGCACAUCAGACAGCGCUUUACACUGAGGACUGGAUUGGUCUCAAGGCCUUAGACGAGGCUGGAAGAGUUCAUUUCGUUAAUGUGUCAGGAGGUCAUCUUGGAAUCUCUGAGAGUGAUAUGAAAAAGCAUGUUGUGCCUUUCUUGGUGGAUGAAGCUUCAGUAGAAAAGUACAGUAAUGCUAGGGCGCAUGGACUUCCACGGACAAUCACACAAAACUACCAUAGAAAACAAGUUGCGGGCAGCUUUAUUGACGAAACAUCAAAUGAAAGGAUACUCGAUGGAUCAUCAUCUUAUCAGUGGCCAUCUUCAGUAAAAAACUUUUUCAGGGAACUAGUAGGUCUUGCUGAGGAGAAUGAUUCAGAUUGAUCUAUGAAUUGGAUGGAAUGUGAAAACCUACAGUAAUUUGUGCAUGACAGUUGAUGGGAUUCAUCAACACCGCUAAGUAAAAAUUAAUCUCCUCUGCUUUAGCUUUGCUAUACCAAAGCAAUUCUGAUCAAAUCCCCGCCCUUCCGUGAAAGCUCCGGGAUUUGGUAUGUGAUGUUAUGAUGAAAACAGGAAUUACGACUUUACACAGCAACUGUUGGUAUAAUUGGCAUUGUAAGAUUCACUAUUUUGUGUACUGCAUCUGCUAGUCAUAAGGGCAUGAAAUCCAGGUUGUCCGUGAAACACGUUUGUACAUGAGUGCAAUAAUGACAUUUGCGGGUUAAAAUUGUUCUAA